AAUCACCUGAUUGUCACUGUCAAAAAUCGCGAAGCCGAAGCGCGCUCCGCGGUCCGUUCGGCUCGGCGUGUUCGACCACUGAUAAAGUGAUAAAACACUUGUGUUUUAUAAUAUCCAGUGAUAAUGGCAGAAACGGCAGACUUAAAUAAGAAGGCGAAUGACAACCGGCUGAGACCUGCGAUCCGCAGCCACCAGCGAACCCCCUCCGGCUCUCGCGAUUUCAAAGAGGCAACCAAACGAGAUGCCCUCGCACGACUAGAAGUGGAGCUAGAAAGGUUACUGGCAACAUUACCCGAGGCCCGCAGACCGCUGGUGAUUAAGGAGUUCCAGGGGUUCAAGAAUCUCUUCAGCCGGUUCCUUGCUGAACAGGGCCCAUCAGUAACAUGGGAAAAGAUCGAGAAACUUCCAGAAGGCGCUGUCAUCGACUACGGCUCCCUCGAGACCCCAACCACAGACAAUAUUCACCACAUGCUAGACAAGCUGGUGGUAGUUAAGCUGAAUGGUGGUCUUGGGACGUCUAUGGGAUGUAAAGGACCGAAGUCUGUCAUUCAAGUCAGGAAUGAGCUGACGUUCCUGGAUUUAACUGUGCAGCAGAUCGAGCAUCUGAACAAAACCUACAAAUGCAACGUUCCUCUCGUCCUCAUGAACUCGUUCAACACCGACGAAGACACCCAAAAGGUCAUCCGCAAAUACAAAGGAUUGAAGCUAGACAUACACACAUUCAACCAGUCUUGCCAUCCACGUAUUAACAGGGAGUCUCUACUGCCAGUGGCUAAGGAUGGACACGUUCAUAAUGAUAUUGAAGCCUGGUACCCACCCGGUCACGGCGAUUUCUACGAGUCCUUCCACAAUUCGGGCCUUCUUCAGAAGUUUAUCAAGGAAGGCCGUACCUACUGCUUCAUCAGUAAUAUUGACAACUUGGGCGCCACUGUCGACCUCAAUAUCCUUAACUUACUCCUCAACCCAAAUCAACAACAGCCUGUCAAUGAGUUCGUCAUGGAGGUCACCGACAAAACCAGAGCGGACGUCAAGGGAGGCACCCUAAUCCAAUACGAGGACAAACUACGCCUCCUAGAAAUCGCCCAAGUACCCAAAGAACACGUCGACGACUUCAAAUCCGUCAGCCAGUUCAAAUUCUUCAACACAAACAACUUAUGGGCUAACCUCGACGCCAUACAAAGAGUCGUUGAACAAGGCUCUCUAAACAUGGAAAUUAUAGUAAAUAACAAGCAUUUAGGCGAUGGUUUGAACGUUAUUCAGCUGGAAACUGCUGUAGGUGCUGCCAUGAAAUGCUUUGAAGGAGGAAUAGGCGUUAACGUACCUAGAUCUAGAUUUUUACCUGUUAAGAAGACCUCAGAUUUACUGCUAGUCAUGUCAAACUUAUACAGUCUUUCGCACGGGUCUUUAGUCAUGUCAGAACAGAGGAUGUUCCCGUCUACGCCGCUUGUUAAGUUAGGAGACAACCAUUUUGCCAAAGUGAAGGAGUUUUUGAACAGGUUCGCGACGAUACCUGAUCUGAUCGAGCUGGAUCAUUUGACGGUGUCUGGGGACGUUACUUUUGGAAGAGGAGUUUCUUUGAAGGGCACGGUGAUCAUCAUAGCGAACCACGGCGACCGUAUCGACAUUCCGUCCGGAGCCGUCCUUGAAAACAAGAUAGUAUCCGGCAACCUUCGCAUCCUGGACCACUAACUUGACAUACGUAGUACUUUGCAAAACCAGAGACCAGUUAAUGAUAUGAACCUCUUACCUGUAUCGAUAUUUUGGACCACUAAAUCAUCUUCGGCAAUCUGCGUAUACUAGACCUGUAAUUAUUCAUAUUAUAGAGUAUCAAGGCUUAAAGUACGUCUAGAUAUGGCGAAUGUACAGUCAGCAUCGCGUAUCUGAUAUUCUGGAUAACUUUUCCAAAUAUAGAUAAAUCUCUAAAACUUACGUUCAAAAGUAUAUCUUUUACAGUCUUAAUUGUGCUACAUAUAGAACCAUCACUUUUUGUUAAGCUGUUACAGGAUGGUAGAUACUUUUGACACCUUGUUUGAUCCGCUACUUUUGAUGCUGACUGUACUGCGGACGCCUCACCAAGGUUCACUAAUUGCUUGCAUUACGUAGUACGAUAUGAAGCGCGAACGCAGUGAUCAGAUCGCAGAUCAGAUCUGGACGCAAUUUUAACUUUGUCGAUCUAUGCUUUUAAAACGUUAGUACAUAUUUAAUGCUUAUGUAAUGCAAGUAAAGAUAAUAUCGCGGUUUAUUUUAAACGUUUAUAAUAUCAUUUUAAAUUAUUCGAUGUUUUAACCGAAUAAGAAAAAUAUACAUUUGUGGGGUUUAAAUAUUUGCUUCCAAAUAUAGUUGUUAUCCGUUUCUUAGGCUCGAUAAUAUGUUAACACGGACUCAUCCAUUAUAGUAAUAUAUUCCGCAUAACUAUUAUUGUGUUAGAGAUUAUAUAAAAAUAAAAGAAAUACGUCAUGUUUACAAAUAGUAUAUAGGUAACUACCCGCGUAAUCAUGUAGUUUCUGAAUAGAAUGUUAAGUGUUAAGUAUUUAUACAUAUAUUUGUCAAUUAUUUGCACGAAUUAUUUAUAUUUGCUCAGUGAAAAGGUAUUAUGCAAGUUAAUUAGUGUAUUUGUAACCCCAUUUUUAUGCUGAUAUAAUAGCAAUAGUUAUACAUAUAACUUUAGGCAUAAAGUUAUUGUUGGUAUAAGAUUAGUCAAUAAAAAAUCCAGGACACCUUAUGUUCUACAGAAUAAGAUACUUUUUUUGUAGUUUAUUCUUAUUUUGAAGACGAUUUAUUCUAAUCUUGCAUAAUAUCCAUUAAUAUGUAUUGUAGAUAUUUGUUAAUUGCCAAAAAUAAAUUUAGCAUUGUCUAUUUUUAAGUUUUUCAUCACAGUAGUUUUAAACAAAUGCUGUAUUUAUGACUUGUGGAACGGGCCAGCAAUGUUACUAUGUUAUUUUAUUUUUAUACUUAUUUGUAGUUUAGAGCUGUAUUUGAUAUUAGCCAUGUGUCAUCGAUUGUUCUAGUAAACUGUUGAAAAGAA